CUUGAAUGCCACAACGAAACGUUUCUAUAAACGAUAGCCCUUGCAGUUGCCUGCAGCACUAAAAAACAUCGUCGAAAGCUUGUUCAAGCUGAAAUUUGAAAGGUUAAUUUAACUACCCAAACAACCCCACAUACCGCGAACCCACUCUCAUCGAGCCGUCUUGCUCCUCUCAUAUGUCGGCAUUAUACAAGCCAUAUGUCCCCAGGACGACUACUGCUGCGCCUUCAACUCCAGUCACAGAGUUCGACAUCCUGAAGGCCUCGCACAAGUUCCUACGAGAUGGCGCAGACGAUGAGGCCAGUACAUCAUGGAACGAUCGGCUAGCGCAGAAGUACUACGACAGUCUCUAUCGCGAAUUCGCGAUUUGUGAUCUCAAGCAUUACAAGUCAGGAAACUUUACUCUCCGCUGGCGCACAGAAACAGAAGUUCUCUCUGGAACGGGCGAGACGACAUGCGCGAACACUCGAUGUCCCGAACACACCGCAUCUUCUACUUCACUUACGACUCUCGAGCUACCAUUUACAUAUGAAGAACACGGUCAAAAGAAAGAAGCACUCGUGAAAGUCGUUCUGUGUUCGAAAUGCGUUCGCAAGAUCAUGUGGAAGAGGAAACGCGAGAAGAGAAGGGAAGACCAGGGUGUGGAGGCUAAGACGGGCGAAAGUGAUAAAGUUGAGAUGCAUGAGGAUGGAAGAGCACCAGAGUCCAGAAGCCGUUCGAAGGAUGUUGAGAGUCGUGACAUCGAUGAUGAGCGGUAUCGCACCCGACGAAGACGAAGUUCACGUUCGCGGUCUCCGCGAGCUCACAAACGGAAUCGGUGUGCUUCACCAACCCUAUUACAAACGAGGAACAGUGGUAGCUAAUCCUAGUCCUACUUACUACAUACCAAGGUUUGAGAAGUCUCGUGCUUCUCAGGAUGUACAUUAGAUUGCGUUGUGUAGCAUGCAAGUGCACUCAAAUAUGUUCUUGCUCGCAUACCUUUCUCAGGUCCAAUGGGACUUGAGCUGUCAUGUUAUCCCCGGCUGGUGGACGUACGACCGGAACUUGUAGCCCGUUCAUCUUCCAAUAGAUCUCCUUGACGUAUCCAUUUCUAUCUGUCGAUGCAGGCAGCGCAAAAUGUAUUCGUGGGACGAGGGUCGUGAGGACUUGUUCUGUAAUGACUUAGUUCAUCUCUGCAUACGGAAAGGACAAGAAAGCGCACUGAUUUCCAUCUCUGCAAACUUAAAGCCGAUGCAUGCACGGCCGCC